AUGCAGAUUCACAUGGUGACAAGGCUCGCCUCCGGCGAUGCCGCCGUGGCGGCGGCCGAAGCGGCCUUCGCGGACGGGGCGAGCGACAAGGCGGCGCAAUUUCUGCGGGAAGCGAAAUCCUCAUACCACCGUGCACAGUUGGCAUACGAGGACUUGGUAGACCAGGUCACGACCCUCCUAGAAGAACGCCCUGGCGAUCUCGAGGCGGCUCGGAACGCGAUGGAGCUACAAGACAACAUCAAUGCGAUCUAUGACAGCCGACGGGAUGGCCAGAGAGCUGUCAACGUGGAGUUGCGCCUGGAUUGUCUCGCCGCAGAUACCUCCCUGGCAAACCUUGCCCAGGUGGUGGACCACGAGCAGUUCGAAGACGCCCGAACGCUGCUCUCCGCUGCAGCGCAGGUCUACGAACGCUCCGCCGACAAGGCCCGCCUGUCGAAGGUGGGCAAGAUAUCGUCCCUCGUAAACCUGAUCGAGAGCUCGUCCAGGGCUCUGGUUGAGGGCCGCUACGCCGACGCCGAAGGCCUCGUCGCGGAGAGCUUGGUCGUCCGCGCCGCUCUCGCCGUCGAGCAGCCGCUCUGCCUCCGCCCGCCGGACUGCGCGCUGUGCCAGGAUGGGGAGAGCGGCGCCAAGACGGCCGUGCUCCUGCGGGUGCGAUCCGCUGGCGACGCCGACCGAGCUUCCGCUCUCGACCUUCUCGAACGGAAAGACUUCGAGGCCGCCGAGCGAGCGGCCUUCUCCGCCCGCGAGAGGUUGACGUGGUGGGCUGACAACCACGAAGACGGUGGUGACAGGGGUGGUGGUGGCGACAGCGAAGCAGAAGGAGAGCGUGGCCUCGAGCGCGACCAGCGCCAAGCCGUCGUCCGGGCGGCGGAAGAGCUCACGACGAGCAUAGCUGCGGCCGUGGGGCAAGCAAGGGCCGAGGGGCUCAUGGAAAAAGGGAGGGAGCUCAAGGCGAUGGGGGACUACGUCGCGGCGGUGAAGACUCUACGGUCGGCGGCGGAGCUCUUCCACGACGCGGGCCUCGCGCACGAAGCGUUGGUGACGCGCACCGAGGCCGCCCGAACCCAGGCGGAGGCGCUCCUGCUGACAUCUGUCGAGCUGCACGGCGAAGGCAACUUCGAGGCCAUCGCGGAGCAUCUUGAUAGAGCAGAAGCUCUUCUGCUCGACGCUCGCAACGAGGUAGCCGGGAGCACCUUGGUUGCAGCCGCCGGUACGACGUUCACCUCCGCAGCAAUGGCACAGCCGUCUUCGGUUCCACUAGGACUUCCUAGCACUAGCGGCGACGUUGACAUUGUUCGCGCUGUCACUGUUGGCAGCGGUAAAAAGUGUGGUGGGAGCGAUGUUGGAAGCCAUGUCCUGCCAGGGACAGAGGACGAUCGGGAUGGGGCGUGGGCACAAUACCACAUUCUCGAUGACCUUGUCCACUUACGAUCUCGCGUGGCCGGGGAUAUCGUCAUGCGUGGCGUAGCACCCGCGCUCGACGCGCGAGAAUACGACGAAGGGCUGCGGCUGUUGCAAGAGGCUGAAGCCCACUACACCACCAUCAAGGCGGGAAGAUGGAUGACGUCGGUUGCCGCCGCCGUCGCUGUCGCUGCGGGCAAGGAGAAUUCCUUGUCGUCACCAUCGUCCACGCCCAAGGAGCUGGUGACGAAACGGGCGGCUCACGAUGGCGAUCGACUGCGCGCGAAGGCGGCCACGGCGAUUCAAAAGGAGAAGAACCCCGUCAAGGCGCGGGAGUUGCUCUCGAGGGCGGAGGCAUGCAUGGCUUGGGCCGGCGUCGAUCCGUUCGCUGCUGGAGCGGCGGCGGUUUCCAAGGACAUCAACGUGUUCGAGAGCCGCGCAGGAGGGGAUGAGAUCUGCAAGGGGUUGAUCGGCCUGCUGCGGGAGAGGGAGUUCGAACGCGCGAAGGGCAUCCUCGAAGAGGCCCUCAGCAAGUACCGCCAGGGCGACGCCUUCAAACAGAUAGCUGACACGCGGGCAACAAUGUUCUGCGUCGAGCGGGAGUCCGAAUUGUGUACUGACGUCAUCUCUGCCUUAAGCGCCCGCGACCCGGCUGCGGCGCUCAAGAUGCUCGAAGAAGCUCGUCCGGUGUUUCAGAUAGCAGCCGAACUGAGGUCGGCAGUGUUGCAGGAGGCCGUCGAGCUCAUCGGAAUGAAGCACCAGCACAUCAUAAUAUUAAGCACGCUCUGCCGAGCGUGGAUGAACUGUGUGAACGGUGUUGUUCCAGCUUCCAACGAUGAAGUCAACACCCCUAACCCAGCAGGCGUCUUAGACAGGGCCAUGUUUGACCUUCGCACGCUCGUGGCCUCUGGGGUGUCUCUGUUGGACGUUCCCCUCGACCUCGUCCAAGAGUCAUGCGACAGCGUUUCCGCAGGCAUUGUGAAAACACGGGCAACCCCAUCGCCGGAGGCAUCAGUCGCGCAGGUGGCGGACCCAGAGUCGUCGACAUCGGAGUCCGAGGCGGUGGCUGCUCUGUCUCCUGCUCUCGGUGAUGCGAGAGUGGGUGGUGGUGGGGAUGACGUAUCGGACACUGUUGAUGAGACCGGUACCGCACGGGACGCCAGUGCACAUAGAGCUCGAUGCGUUUCACCAACAGAAGACGCAGCAGGCGGUACCACAGAUGGUUCAAUCAGUGCGAACACGGACAGGGCGGCGUUGUAUGGAGACGCCCCUGUUGUCAUCGACGAUACGAUUGAUACGGUUCAGCAAGGGCAAGCUUCAGAUUCUCAAGGAAUAGGGAGCAGGGAGCCGAAAGAGGGGGCGGGGGGUGAGACGGACUGGUCAUCUGGUGAGAAAGACGAAAACGGUGAUGACGUUUGUGUAGCGGACAAUCACUCAGUGCAACCAACUCCCAGCGCCGAAGUGACCGGGCCUGAUAUCACCGACAACGUCACAGUGGAGUCGGUCAGCGGCAGCGUUGCGAAAUCAAUGCCACCACCUCCUUCGCCGCCUUCUGCUGUCGACCGUGACCCCCUUCCGUCUGAUGGUGUGCCAGACGACCCUGACAAGGACACCUUUUCGUUAUCUACGCUCGGCGGUCUGGGGGAUAACGAUGCGCUGUCACUCUCUUCGUCGACCACGGACAGAGCUCCUACAUCUGCUGACAACAACGAAGACAACUCGAGGGGGGGGGAGGAGGGGUCACAAGACGUCGGGGCGGGAUUCGAGGCCAAUGGUGGCCGCGGCGAUGACGACGACGACGGUGGUAAUGGAAGCUCCGAGGGCAUUACCGGGGAGCUACCGGCAUAUUGUACUGGCACAGAGCAAGGGGGAGGCAACGACGCAGACAGCAGGUCGCUAGCCAACAACCUAGCGGACGCAGUCGAAGAUUAUGCUGCAGACCGAAGAAAAAGCUCCAAAUCGAUAUCGACCAAGGCUUCGGAAGGAUCCGCCUCGACUAACUCUGCGGGCCAUGACGCUACGAGCGCCGACAGCCUGAGGACUAGCUUCCCUCCUCGCCAGUCGGCCCCUACUUCGGCAAGCGGUUUUGAAAACGACAAGUCGAUUGAUGAUAGACGCCCUUCAGGAAGCCUUCAAGAAGCCGCACAGGUGGAGGGGGCAAGCGCGGUUGAUGACGAGAGAGGCUUCGCGAUGGUGGGAACUGCCAACCAAGGGGGGAGCUCCAGGGAUCAUCUCGAAAGCCAUGCGGUUGCAGCGGCAAGAGAGACGCUACCUGGCCGGGACGAAGACGACGUGAACUACGAACUUGACAGCGACUUCAGCGGCGGUAGUGAUUCGCCGGCGGUGGCCGGCUCGAGAAGUAGCAAUCAAGCUUCACCGCCCCCGACAGAUCAUGUCGUGGAGGCGAGCAACAUGGACGAAGGCGGCAGCGAUAGCCCGUGCAUCGCCAGAGCGACAGAUGACGGCAUUGACUCUCGUCCCCUUAGCCAAGCCUCAUUUGCGAAGGUCGUUGCUGUUGAGCCCGAUGUUGUUGAUCCUGCCGCAGACUACGAGUCGGAUUACCCCGACGACAUCGACAAGGUCCACGAGACCGAUGACGGCGUCCAAAGCGAUAGCAGCGAAAGUAGCAGGCGUAGCUCCACCGAAGAAGAGGACCGCAGCCAUAGCAGCGAAAGUAGCAGCGAUAGAUCCUCAAGUGCCAGCAGCAGCAGAAGCAGCAGCAGUGGCCAUCACUUGUCUGACUCCUACUCAGCAGAAGACGCAGACUCCGUCCACGACGGCUCCACCGCAUCAUCGCUGACUCAAAUGGAGGUGAAAGCUACGAGCAGUCCACCACCACAAGGGGAAAAAUCGACUAACGAAGGCUUCGAUGGAGAAGACGGCGACGAUGACUUUAGUCUUGGCAAUAGUUCCGGAGAUUCGGCAAGCAGCUCGGAGUUGGAGAAACGUACAGGCGCUGCAAUUCCAAAGAGUGCAGAGCGUGUUGAACCAGCCGAACAUUGUGCGGCCUCUCCAAUGGACAACCCCCCUGGCACCACAAACAACGAUGACAGCAGCUUGAUCGAAUCGAAUAUCAUUGACCCGCCAGCCGACAAUGGCACUGAGGGAGCUGAAAACGAGAAUCAACGCGAAUCUGUACAUGGUGCAAUGUCGGAAUAUGGCACUGGUGAUGCCCUCGCAAACGGGGGUGGCGAUGACUCCGUGGGGAAACUCCCCGCCGAUUUAUUUAAGGAUGACAGUCGUGGCGGAGGUGACGGAGGUGGCGGACGUGGUGGCGGUGGCGGCGACGGGGAGCCCAAAGGCACAGGUACGGAUGAACCCUCACCAACAGCUUUGCCUUGGGCGACAGGGGCGGUUGCGGCCAACGAGAUGCGGUUUGAUAAUCAUCACGUCAACGACGACAUUGUUGAUCAAGGACAACAUCAACAAGAUGAAGGGGAGGAACCGAGCGAUCUCUACGACAUUGACGACCACGGGCUUUCCUCCUCGGACGACGAUUGAUCUGGCCUGGCGGCCCACCAGUUGGAUGAAACACUAGGCAUGAGGAUUUAGAGAACCCCCCCCAACGGGUAUCCACACCUUGAGUAAGCGCGUGUAUUUCAUGAGUUUCGGUGUUCGCUGAGCCUGCAUGUAGACAAUCCUGUCACGUGCGGGUAUUGUUGUACACAUAAUCCCAACACCUGUCUGGUAUGGACCCUGUGGUGCGUUGUUUGUGUAGCAGGUUUCAAUGCCCGAUUCCAUUCCGGCGGGUGCUUGAAUUGACCGAAAACCAAGCAGCAUUUCUUACGGGUUGGGAGAGUAAACGAUGAAAGUGCUCAUCACCGGUGUCGACUACAGUAGCUUGUAUUGGAUGAAUGUUCAACAAGUGGAGGGAGACAAUACCCACCCAUUCCAUCCUAU